UGGGAGAUGACGUCAGCUGGCUGCACCAUCAGAGCUUCAUUUGCUGAUGUGCGUAAAGUGAAAGAAGCUACAUGAUGCUCGCCACCCCUGCUGCAAGAUUUGUUUUAAUAUUAGCUUGGAUUUGUCCAAGUUACGCGCUCUAUUUCCACAUAGGCGAGACGGAGAAGAAAUGCUUCAUUGAAGAAAUUCCAGAUGAAACCAUGGUUAUUGGAAAAUACAGGACUCAGCUGUGGGACAAACUGACAAAUUCCUUCCUGGCAGCCACACCUGGUCUUGGGAUGCAUGUCGAGAUCAAGGAUCCAGAUACAAAGAUUAUCCUCUCUCGACAAUAUGGGUCAGAUGGACGGUUCACCUUCACCUCCCACACUCCCGGAGAACAUCAGAUCUGUUUGCACUCCAACUCCACCAAGUUGGCUCUGUUUGCAGGAGGAAAACUGAGAGUGCAUCUGGAUAUUCAGGUGGGAGAACAUACCAACAACUACCCUGAAAUUGCAGCUAAGGACAAACUCACCGAGCUGCAGCUACGAGCCCGACAGCUGCUGGACCAAGUGGAGCAAAUCCAGAAGGAGCAAAACUACCAGAGGUAUCGCGAGGAGCGGUUUCGCAUGACAAGUGAGAGCACCAACCAGCGUGUUCUCUGGUGGUCCAUCGCUCAGACACUCAUCCUCAUCGUCACCGGCAUUUGGCAGAUGAAGCACCUCAAGAGCUUCUUUGAGGCCAAGAAACUGGUGUGAUGUCUCUGUGAGCAACGGCAGCAUUAGGAAACAACAUGAACACGAGCAGACAGACUUGACUGACUGGAAUGGAGAAUGGUCCACGCAGGGUGCAGAAACCUCCAGAGGGAGACGUGGUCUUAAAGGGAUAGUUUGGAUGUUGUAUGGUACUUCUCCAUACUCGGUGCAGCAGCUGGCGGUCGGCACGUCCUCAGUUUGGAGAAACAGACCGGAGUACCAGCAGGAAGCUGAGUAAUGUACUGCUGUGGACUGGAAGUAGCAACACUUAUUUCAGACAGCAACUCUGUGUUCUGCCAGUUAAAUUACUGUUUUUGUCAAUGGAGUCUGGUGGCUUUGAAGAGAGCAUAGAUGACAGCUUCUGUUCCCAGUCUGAAAGGACUGUAUGACAGAAAGCUAAAUAUUUAAAAAACGGUGUACUCUUAAACUGUUAUUGAUUGUUUUAGGAGUCUAAAAUAAGUGUUGCUGCUGCCCCGUCCACAGCAGUACAUUACUUAGCUUCCUGCUGGUACUCCUGUUUCUACAGACUGGGGCCGUGCCGACUGCCAUCUACUGCAGGUUACACACUGAGUAUGUACAAGUUCUUCAUACAUCCCAGCUAUCCCUUUAGUAUCAGCCAUAAAUGCUACAAAGGCAGUUAUCAAUCCUGGGCACUGUGUUAUUCCUUGCAAAUGUUUUAGGCUAUUGUUAUUUUACAACACAGUAGCACAACAUUCCAAUUGCCUUUUUUUGUUUGCGUUUUUAUUCACAACACUGGACAUGUAACUUUUCUAUUUCCGUUGGAGAAGAAGCAGAGACGACAUUCGUGAGCUGAGAUAGUUUUUAUGGUCGUACAGGAGUGAAGUAGAUGUGUAAGAAUUAAAAUAUUGAUGCUGUUA